AUGCGUCCGCCCUCAUCUCCCCCCACAGCGCUCUCCCCUCAUACCAUGCUCGUCAAGACUCGGGGAAUAACCCCCACCCCGAGCAUCCUGGAUGGCUCAAACCCUGACCUAGCCGCCGAGGCGCGGUUCACCGCCAGCAUCGAAAUCAUCGGCUCCAUGACCGUUGGCGGGAUGUUCUACGGUUUUGCGACGGCGACCGCUGGGAUAUGCGCUUACACCCUCAUUCAGUCGCGUCAGCCCCGCUCACGAAGGCGUCUCGCCUUUCUUCUGGCAUACAUCGGUGUCAUAUGGGCGGCGGGCACGUUGGAUUUAGCAGGCGUAACGUGGGGGCGAGUGUGCGCGAUUGUGUAUCACCCUUCAGAGUCUCUCUCGACCCCGGACCCCCAGGACUACGGCCCGCAAGCGAUUGGGUUCGUGACGAACAUAGCGUAUUGGCUUAUCCUUCUGUUAUCGGAUGCGAUGAUGAUCUGGCGAUUCCAAGUUGUCUGGUCGGACUCCGCCUUCUUUCGUUACCUCGUAAUUUUUCCUAUUCUAUGCUAUCUGGGGGUACUAGUCCCCGGUUUUUUCGUCUUCAUCCUUUUCGACGACGCUUCGAUAUGGUGGAGCGCCACUGUCGGUGCAGACCUCACCACCGCUGUAUUCCUGUCUUCGUUCUGCCUCAACAUAUACAUCACCACCCUCAUUUCAGGUCGUCUAAUUCUUUAUCGGCGCCGCUUCAAAAAUUACUUAGGCUCGCCCGACGCGAAACACUAUACGUCAUACGGCGCCAUCCUCGUCGAGUCCUAUUCUCCCCUGUCGUUCUGCAGUAUCGCGUUCUUUGUCACAUACUUCACCGAUAACCCAGCACAGUACAUGCUCGCCGAGGUCCAGGACCAGAUGCAGGUUACCGCACCGCUCUUGGUCAUGCUCCGCGUCUCGCAUGGAAUUGCAUGGGAUUCGUCGAUGACUCCUCAGUCUGUUGAAGCUGCGGUAGAUAGGGCCGUGGAGGCGGCUCUUGGCUAG